UUGACUAGCUCUUUGAUAAAGGAGGUAUAUAGAGACGAGCGGGAAUGGCGUUCUCAGUCGAUUGUAGACCCAGAUUGUUGUUGUAAAUAUGAAAUGAAAGUAUUUUUUAUAGGAAAAAGUUAAACGAAAAUGGCAUUUCCUCUAGGGACUGGCACUACACCGUUUGGUGCAACUAACACAUCGUCAUCAACGCCAUCAUUUGGUUUUGGAACGCCAAUACAGUCAUCAGGUGCUUUUGGAACACAGCCUAAAACUACAGCUUCCACUGGCUUUACAUUUGGUGCUCCAGUUGCCUCCACCACAUCAGGUUUCUCAUUUGGUGGAGCCCCAGCAUCAAGUGCCUCCACAGGAUUCUCUUUCGGUGGAGCACCUGCUUCAACUGCCUCUUCUGGCUUCUCAUUUGGAGGGACAAGUACAGGAACAGGCACAUCUGCAUUUGCAGGAGGGACAGCUUUCCCGAGCUUUGGAUCAAACCUUGGUGGAACAAGCAGCAGCAUUCCAGGCCAACCAUCAUUUGGCUUUGGGCUUGGAACACAGCAGACCAAUCCCCUUCAACCCCAACAGACACAACAGGUUUCUUCAAACUUAGAAAACAUCACCACAGCGGUUACUCUUCCACAGAUUUAUGGCGAUGAAAGGGAUGCCAUUAUUGCUAAAUGGAAUCAGCUACAGGCUGCAUGGGGCACAGGAAAGGGGAUUUACAGUCAACAUGGCAGCGUGGAAUUUACCCCAGAAAAUCCCUAUUGCAGAUUCAAAGCUGUGGGGUAUAAUAGACUGCCCAAAACAAAGAAUGAAGAUGGACUGGUGUCGUUGUUUAUAAGGAACCCUGAAGCAGAUGUUAGAUCUCACCAGCAGCAGAUUGUCGACACGCUGUUUGGAAUCUUUGGCAGCAAACCUCAACUAUCUGUUUGUGUAGAAGGGAUAAAGAAACUCCCAGAUAACAUGACAGAAUUUGCGAUCUACAUAUUAGAGAGGCCUGCAACAGGUCCUGCCAGAAGAAUCCCAGCCAAUGAAACCUGUAAUUUUCUCAACGGUCAAGUUACUCAACUCAAGAGUAAGCUGUUGGUGGAGAAUGUUAUUCCCAAAAUGGGAUUCACUGAACAGGCCCUGAAGGAGUAUCUAGAAACACCACCGGCAGGUAUCCAUCCUUUUCUGUGGGAGCAAGCCAAGUUAGAUAACCCAGAUCCUGACAGCCUAAUUCCAGCUCCAAUGAUUGGAUUUAAAGCCCUACACCAGAGGUUAAAACACCAGGAACAGCAGACUCAAGCCCACCAGCAGAGACUAGAUCUGAUUGCCGAAGAUUUAGAAUCCUUGCAACAGAGGCAGGUGAACAUGUUGGCAAAGUUAGAGGAAUACAAGAGAAAACACAUUCAGCUCAGUCACAGGUUGUUACAGGUAGUAGUGAAACAAGAAAUUUCACGAAAAAUGGGCUAUUCCAUUCAAGCAGAGGAAGAGCAGUUACGUGUGCAGCUGGAAAAAACUCAACUUGAACUCAACCACCCAACACAGUUUAAGGGAAGGCUGAAUGAAUUGAUGUCUCAGAUUCGCAUGCAGAAUCACUUGGCGGGAACCAGAGCAGACAUAAGCUAUCAGAUGGAUCCAGGUCUGCAACAGGAAAUUAAACAGCUGUUAAAGCAACAACAGGAUGGACUGAAACAUCUCGUGGACAUCAUCAAAGAUGACAGCCAGGACGUCCAGCUGAUGGAGCAGAACCUGGAUGCCUCCUCAUUCAGUCGACGGUGACACCAACAGAGGAGUUCCAUCUCAGUUUUGUGUUGUGUGGACUAUCCUCGGUCCUCAGUGCAAAGGAUUAAGGAAACUUGUUUUAAAGUACCCUGAUGUUGAAUCCAGGAACACAUGACAUUCAUUCAUAUAUGAAUGAAAUUACAUUUCUGAUCACAGUUUCUGAUGUUUUCAAUUUGCUAUCCUAUUUCAUGUUUUAAGUGUUUGUUAUUAGAAACAUUUUACGCAUUUGUAAACAGAUGAUACAGUGAAUAAAGCAGAAGACCACUUCUUGAAA